UCAAAAGAAUAUGGCUAUCAAUGUAAGACAAUUAUAUUUAGAAAUCUGAAUGAAUGUCAGAGUUUUUCCAACGUAACUGUAAACACUUUGCUGCAUUAUUCUGUAGAUGUUAAUAACGAAGAGCUGAUGGCUGCCAGUCGACAAUAAUUACUGGUUUUUACAGAUGUUCUCAUGUUGUAUGAUUGGGAAUUUUAAAAAUUAUAUGUAUUACUUUCUGCAGUGGCUGCAACUGGGAUUAUUUUUCCUUCAUUAUGAACUUGUAACAAAGUGACUAUAGUUUGUAAUGGUCAAUAUCAGUGAGGUAAGAGCCCAAUUUUCAAUGCAGCUUUAAAUUUCCUCAGGGUUCAUGUCAGCCUGUAAAAUAAUGUUUUUUUUCCCACUAAAUAGACAUGUCCUCCAUUGCAUGGCCUUUUUUUUUGGGUGGGGGGGUUAACAAGAAGGCUAUGUUAAUUAGUGUUAUCCCCUCCCCCCACGGGACAUUCUGCCAGUACCUCCUGACCCGUUUUCCAAACACAGAGGCGAGUUGUCAGACGGUCCCUAAAAAAGAAAACAGUCUCUAUUGUUCCAACACCCGCUGCGCUCUGGACUGCUGCGGUGCCGCCGGUGGCCGCAGAGGGCGCUGCACGCAUGGCAGGCCGGGCUGCGCGGCCUCCACAUCUUUUUGUCUGAGAACUGGAUCCUCCGCCGCUCCACAGUGUGCGCGAUAGCCUCGGAGCCGCGUCCGCAACACACUGUCAAACCAGUCCGAACGAAAACCACCGCGACCGAAAGCAUUAAUUCACCACCGUCCGUCAUGGCGUUCCUCGUCUGCCGGUAAAUCGCUCGUAUUUGCGACUGCUCGCUGGAACUUAGUCCGGGCUUGAAUCGGGCUGGCUCUCUGUGUGCAUCAGUCUUUAUUAGCGAGCUGCCGCUCUUCUUGCUAUCAGCUAUUUCUUUAACUUUUUAAACACUCAGCUUCGCGAAUGACUGAGCGCCGGCGGAGUAUGGGAUCCUUGGUGUCUUAAGAAGCGACUGAAGUGGGCUUUAACCGUUUUUGCAUGCAAAAACAAUGGCAAAUUCGACGGGGAAAAAUCUACUAGAUCAGCGGAGAAAAGGACAGGCUUUCCUGGACGAGCUGCGGCAAUUCCACCAGAGCAGAGGAUCGCCGUUCAAGAAGAUUCCUAUCGUGGGUGGGAAAGAGCUGGACCUGAAUGCUCUCUAUGUCAGAGUCGUCUCUUUAGGUGGAUUUGCUAAGGUCUCGGACAAAAACCAAUGGAUUGAACUCGGAGAAGAGUUUAACUUCCCCAGGAGUUGUUCCAACGCUGCAUUCGCUUUAAAACAGUACUACCUUCGGUAAGUAGCGCGGCCACGC